UAGCGGAAACUAACGUCAACUAACGGCGCACGUUCAAAAUAAUAGUCCUUCCACUAUAAAGAUACAUAGGGAAUUUAGAACAGUACCACAACUCCAGAAAGUACAACAGUGGAAACCACAACAACAGACACUAGAACAUCAGAAACUACCACCACUGUUACCACAGCUCCAGAAAGUACAACAACAGACACUUCAACAACAACAAAAAGCACCACAACUGAAACAACAACAGAAAGCACUACAAUGACAGAAAGUACAACCACUGGUACAACAACUCAAGAAAGUACAACAACAGAGACCACAACAGCAGAAAGCACCACAAUGGACACUACAACAACAGAAAACACCACCUCCGGUACCAGCAUUUUCGAAAGUACAACAGCAGGGGCAACAAUAACAACAGACAGCACCACAAUGGAUACUACAACAACAGAAAACACCACCACCGGUACCGCAACUUCAGAAAGUACAACAGAAGAAACUUCAACAACAACUGAAAGCAUCACAACUGAGACAACAACAGAAAGUUCAACAACCGAAACCACCGCAACAGAUACUACAACUACAGAAAGCACAACUGAAUCCACAACAACAGAAAGUUCAUCAACAACAGAAGCCUCUACCACUUCUCCGGAAAGUACAACAGUGGGAACCACAACAACAGACACUACAACAUCAGAAACUACCAGCACCGUUACCACAGCUCCAGAAAGUACAACAACAGACACUUCAACAACAACAGAAAGCACCACCACCGAAACAACAAAAGAAAGCACUACAAUGACAGAAAGUACAACCACUGGUACUACAACUACAGAAAGCACAAUUGAAUCCAAAACAACAGAAAGUACAACAAUAAAGGAAAGUACCACGAUGGGUAGUACAACAACAGAAAGCACUACCAUCGGUACCACAACUCCAGAAAUUACAACAGUGGAAACCACAACAACAGAUGCUACAACAUCAGGAAGUACCACCACCAUUACCACAACUCCAGAAAUUACAACAACAGCAAGUACCACAACUGGUAGCACAACUCAAGAAAGUACAACAACAGAGACUACAACAGCAGACACUACACCAACAGAAAGCACAACAACGGAGGUAACAACAACGGAAAGCACUACAGUUACAGAAAGUACAACCACCAGUACCACAACUCCAGAAAGUACAACAACGGAGAUGGCAACAUCAGAAAGCACCACAACUGAAGGAACAACAGACAACACCACAACUGGUACCACAACAGCAGAAAGCACCACAACACGAGAGAACAACAGAAAUUAA